AACCAGCUGUGCGCGUCACAGACGCUCGAGCGAGACGACUUCGAAGAGCUCUGCUACCUUUUUUGUUGCCGUGUUCCUAUCGCUUUUCCAGGUGUCGAGAUGGGGUACAUUUGUGUUUGCUCGACGGAUGGCCUACAACGUGAACUUUGGGCAACAUGCGCUCCGGCGUGGCAGUGGACCUCGUCUUCACUGCCGGCACGUGAGGUGGUAGCGCGCGGGAGUCGCUGGACGGGCGGUGUCUGAAGAAGCGUUCACACGUAUGUGUGUCGCCGCGUGCACGUGAGUGUAUCAGUCAUAAUGUGGAUUCAGUGGGUUGAAGACAACAGCACCUUCCACUCCACCAUCCCAGAGGCAGCAGACCUGGUGGUGGCCAGCAUCUACACCCUCUUUGGUGUUUGUUCUUUACUAGGCAACGGCAUGCUUCUGUACGUGUCCUAUGAGAAGAGGCCGGGGCUGAAGCCGGCCGAGUUCUUCAUCAUCAACCUGGCGGUCAGCGACCUGGGCAUGACCCUGAGUCUGUACCCUCUGGCCGUCACCUCCAGUAUCUACCACAGGUGGCUGUACGGUGAGGCCGUGUGUCUCCUGUAUGCGUUCUGCGGUGUGCUGUUUGGCAUCUGCAGUCUGAGCACCCUGACGGUGCUCAGCACCGUGUGCUGUCUGAAGGUCUGCUACCCGCUCUACGGCAAGCGCCUGAGCCCCGCCCACAGCCGCCUCCUGAUUGGCUGCUGCUGGGCGUACGCGCUGCUCUUCGCCUGCUCCCCGCUCCUCCACUGGGGGGCGUACGGGCCCGAGCCCUACGGCACGGCGUGCUGCAUCGACUGGCGGCGGUCGCGGCGCGAGGCCGGGGCGCGCUCCUACACGCUGGCGCUGUUGCUGCUGUGCUACGCCGCGCCCUGCUGCGUCAUGCUGCUCUCCUACGGCCACAUCCUGCUGACGGUGCGGGAGUCGCGCCGCGCCGUGGAGCAGCACGCCGUCUCGGCCGCCACGCGCCGCACCGGGAGCCUGCAGGCCGCCAUCCUUAAGCUCAGUGUGGCCGUCUGUAUCGGCUUCCUCUUGGCCUGGAGUCCCUAUGCCCUGGUGUCCAUGCUGGCUACCUACGGACACGUCGAGUCCCUGCCCCCCAUGGCGUUCGCCGUGCCCGCGGUCUUCGCGAAGUCCUCCACACUCUACAACCCUCUGAUCUACCUCCUCCUCAAACCCAACUACCGCCACCUCCUGAGCCAACACCUCCUGGCGCAGCGCAAGAAAUGCCCGCGUCUGCUCUGUCCGCCCCGCCUCCCCCUCUGCUCCUUCCUGGGCUCCUUCUCUGACUCUGCCCCCCCGUGUUCUGACUCCGUCCCCCAAGCCCAGGCCACACUGGGCCCCUCCCACUGUGACUGCGGGCAGUGCGCGGACACCUUUGAGUGUUUCAAACACUAUCCUCGCUGCUGUCACGGCAAUGUCAAGGCCUCGCAACCCGUACCGGGUGGGGGGUGGGUGCCUGGAGCCGGCCUGGCUCCUGUUCAGGCCGGCUUCUCGACCAAUAGGAAGAGAGUAGGAGUGACGUUCUGCGAUCAGAAGAACAUUCAACAGGAGAGUGAGCUCCCCCUGGAAACUGUUUCCAAAUAGGUCAAGACCCUCGAGAGUCACACAUAAAGGGAGAGGAUACUGCCUGGUAGAUUAUGGUUUAAAAACAACAGUUUAAGAAACCUGAUUGUGAGCAAAGCAUAUUGCUAAUGUCUAUUGUUUUCUAUCUUUUUUUAUGAUAUCGUUUAAAAAAGGCUUUGCCUGCUACACUGUUCUGCUGUUGGGAUUGAAUAAAUCCCUUCCACUGUUGCAUUGUGGGAGCAUGUUUUGUACUGAAGGGAAAUUAGAAUUGAGCGGAAGUACUUAGGCGGGCGGAGCCAGGCUAGUUCAGUUUCAGAUCCAGUGAAGAACCCGGUACUUCUUUCGACAUGAUCAAUGGAAGCAGCAGAUUGAGACCAAAAUACCAGAUGCAAACUGGACGACAGCCCGAGAGCUGAGGGCUGUCCACUGGGUGUCUAGGGGAGGAUGAACAAUAUGGCUCUUCAUUCAGGACAAUUUGAAAACAUUGAGCUAAUCCAUCGAGAUCACAAGUUACCUCAGCUGUGAAAAAAACAACCUUGUAUCUGCAACCUGCAGUCCUUUUGCUCCAUUAACACCGACAUCUUGGGAACACGCAACUCAGGGACAAACCAAACACGUGCAACAGCAACAACAGUUAAGGUUGAACCAGCAGUAGCUCAGUGAGCUUGUAAAGCCAACACACACUUAAAUCCCUGUCAACGAAUUAACCUCACAAUAACUAUAUAAUGCAUACUACUUUGUGGUGCUCUAGCCAAUCUUAUUUGUUCAACAUUGAUGAGAUGGCUGGUUUUUGCCAUAAGCAAACAUGGGUAAUAUAUACUGUAUUAUGUUCAUUUUAGUGUGUUAUCUUUUAUAGGUUUUGUUUGUGUGUAUUUAGUGUGACGUGAUGCACAUUAAGAGGUUAUGGUAUUUAUACAACCAAUUUCCUUUUUAGAAGAGGUUUAAUUUCCUUGAAUUGGCCUGCACCUAACAAAAGGUAUAAUUUUUCUUUAGGGUGCCAUGGCAUGAAAAUCUCAGUUUGAGGUUUUCUAACAUAAAUAUGAGUUCCCCUAGCCUGCCUAUGGUCCCCCAGUGGCUAAAACUUGCGUUCGGUGUAAAACGAGCACAAGGCGCGCUGAUUUGGAAUGUGAGUUUCUUAUGUCGUCACACUGCAGUAAGCUCCUCCCCUUACUCUGUCUGGCCCGCCCAGAGACUUGGGCCGCCAAUGAGACACGACCGUGCAAGCGCCAUGUGUGUGUGUGUGUGUGUGUGUGUGUGUGUGUGUGAAUACACACACUCAGUGCGUUAACGUGACCCUCAAGAAAAUCAAAUUAUUGGGUUAGUCCAACUAUGAUUGGAUUAUUAAGAUGCAUGUAAACACCUUAGUCAAACUAUAUUCGAAUCGAAUCGAGUUACUCAUUGUCGAAUUAAGACAACUAGUGUGCGACUGGCUCGGAGUGGCUGUAACUCUGCACCACGGCUGAAUUUCGGGAACGUCUUUGAAUACUGUUAGUGGUCCACUGAUACCUAUAUUAAAGCAUCCAUAAAAUAGCAUGUCAUGGCACCUUUAAGGCUUACCAGUGCUCUGAACAUUUCUCUUACCUUAUUUCCUAACUCCGAACUAAACCUUUCAAUGUGAAUACAGCUUUACUGGUGUAGGCCUACAUUCUAAAGGGUGUACUGUCCAAAAAGAUUCUUCAGAUAAAGCUGCAUAGAUCCAUGGUCCGAGAGUGGAGUUGAUUCAUGCUCUCGGCAUUCAGUGUGAACCCAUGAAGUGAGAUGUUUGAUGAUGCAGUGCUUUGCCACUAAAAAAGGUCUCGUUAGUCUCCAUAAUCCUAAUAUAACUUUGAAUAUAUUUGGGUUUAUAAUAUUUCUAUUGUGUAUUGAUUUAUUUUAUGAUUCAUAUCCACUGCAAAAUAAUAUUUGAAUAACAUCUAUUUUCCUUCGACAUUUGAUCCCUGACAGAAACCUAAACUGAACACGUCUGAAAAACAUGUUAAAAUGUAAAAAGUAAAUAAAAGGAAUUCAUUUUAGAAAGGAAUUAUUCAUACCAUGGAAAUUGCAUUCUCAUGCUUGAUCAUAUUUGUAUUUUAUGCGUUAUAUUAUCCAUGGUAAUUAAGGGAAAAAUUAUAUUGGCAUGUCACAUGUAUAAUCUGUUUAUUCGAGAUUAUAUUUAGGUAAUUUACAUGAACCAAACAAGUUUUGUUUUCCUCUUACAUUUUGAGUAUGUAGCAACCAAGUGAUGUGAUGUGGACAUGUAAUAACAUUCAACCUGACAUGAAGGACAGACACGAGGUGGUUUUCAAGAACAUGGCAAUGGAGAGUUUAUUUUCAGUUAACCAAAAAAAAAAAAGGUACAAAAACUGACAGUUAACAGCAGACUUAACUUCUUCCUGGAUGAUUCCCCAAGACUAAGAGCUUGACGUCAUCACCAAUGGUUCAACCUUGGCACGUAAAAAGUAAAAUGUACCGUGUCGGAAGAAUUAUGGAACAUUCUUCUGGCCAAAAAAAAGAGUGCUACAACUACAGCCGCAUUUCAUGAGCAUGUGCAGAAUAGUCAUUCUAUCUUUAGUAGAUGAUCUUAUUUUCUAAUCGAAAAA